AUGGCAUAUGCACCUAGAAUUCUAUCGAGACACCACAGAGGAUACAUGGAAUACACUCUGGGCCAAGCCCGUCGCUCCCCUCCUGCACCGACUAAGUUCUGCGUGGGCACCGUUCUCGUCGACGCUGACCGGAAUGAGAUCCUAUCCACGGGACUCCACCAAAGUCAUAUGUGGGAAGCACCAGAGACAAUCAUUGCGGACAACACUGGAAGAAAAACCCUGGAGGCGGGCGCCCAGGACAUGGAAGAUUGCAUCCUUGCCGUGUCGACUGCAUGA